GAUUGCUGCUGCUCUUCACUCUCCAUGGCUCUGUAAACUCUGUUGAUCGAUUGCUGCUCUUCACUCCAUUGAUUGCUUCAUUGCUUGCUCUCUUUCUCUCUGAGAGGUAAAAAAUCUUUGACUCUGUGAAUCUGUGAUUUGUAAGGGAAGAGGGUUGGGUUGUGUUUGUGUGUCGCUGAAGCUGUGGCUGUGGGUGAGGUGAGGGAGUGAGGCGGCGGACGGCGGUGGGUGGGUGAGAAGUGAGAACCGUGGGUGAGUCAUGAGUGGGUGAAGCGGUGGGACGGUGGGUGAGGUGAGGGACAGAGGGAGUGAAGCGGUGGAAAUUAAAUUGAGAACAAGGGCAGAAAUUGGAUAGAGACAUAGAGUAGUAGAAGGUGGAGAGAAAUUGGAAUUGAUAUAGUAGAGACAUAGAGACAUAGAGUGAGUUGGAGAUUAAAUUGAGAACAGGGGCAGAAAUUGGGAAUAGUCGAAUGGAUAGAGUAGAAGAUGGAGAGAAAUUGGAAUGGAUAGAAACAUAGAGACUAGAGUAGAACUGUAGAAGGUGGAGAGAAAUUGGGAAUGGAUAGAGACAUAGAGUAAAAGGGUUGGGAAUGGAUAGAGUAGAAAAGGAAAAUUGUUUAUAAGAUUGAGAAAUUGGGAAUGAGAAGAGUGAGAAGUGAAUUGGAAAAAUGUAGCUAUCAGCCUUUGGAGAUUGAAUUAUUGGAAUGUGGAUAGCCUUUAUGGGUGAGAGACUCAAGACUUGAAUUGGAAUGUGGCUACUAGCUAUGAAAAUUGGAAUGUGACUACUUUUAAUUGCUCUUUAUUGUGAGUGGGUCUGUAGGUGGGUAGAGGUGGUCCUCUUCCCCAUUAAAAACAUGUGUGCAUUAUUGAUCAUUUGAUCUUAUUGUAUUUAUUUGUGUUGUCUUUUAGUGCUUUUAAUUUGAUUCUAAAACUAAAAGCAUGAGGCAACUGCCAACUAUGAUCUAAAACUAAUUUGAUCUCAUUAUAUUUGUUUUUUUCUUAGCAUUUGAAUUAGCUAACUAUGAUUUACAUUAGACAGUGGUGAAAAACUAUUAUCACAGGGCCGAAUUAGCAUGAGUUACACAUCAUAUUACCUUGGUUCGUUUGGAUCAAAUGUGGUCUUCUGUGUUAACAGUGCUUAAUAUGGUUGAUGAAGAUGCACGUGGACCAUCUCAAGCAGCAGGUUUGAUAUUAAAAAUGGAGAGCUUUGAAUUUGCUUUCAUUUUGAAGCUUAUGUUAAAGUUGUUUGGUAUCACUAAUGAGCUUUCAAAAAUCUUGCAACAAAAAGAUCUUAAUAUUGUGCUUGCCAUGGAAUUAGUUCAUAUUGUCAAAGCUAGGUUGAAGACAUUGAGAGAUAGUGGUUGGGAUGAUUUAUUUGGUGAUGUCCAAGAAUUUUGUGGUGACCAAUGUAUUCCGGUGCCAAAUAUGAAUGAAGAAAUACCGGUUCGGGGUCGUUCAAGGAAAGAAGGGAGGACUAUCACUAAUCUUCACUAUUACCGUGCAGAGAUUUUUUAUGUUGCUAUUGACAAAAUAUGUGUGGAGAUGGAUCACCGCUUUAGUGAAGGAACUAAUAUUGUGCUUGAUUGCUUCUCAUGUCUUGACCCCAAUAACUCUUUCUCCAAGUUUAAUGUUGAUAAGCUUGCUCGUCUUGCUACUAUUUAUCAUGCUGACUUUUCUGAUGAUGACCGUGGAACAAUAAAGGAGCAACUUUCCACUUUUAUACUUCAAGUGAAAAGGCAUGCUUCCUUUUCUACUUGUGAUGAUAUUGCAAGUUUGGCUAUGAAGAUGGUUCAAACUGAGAAACAUUUGCUAUUUCCAUUGGUCUACAAACUUAUUGAGUUGGCUUUGAUAUUGCCGGUGUCGACAGCAUCUGUUGAAAGAGCUUUUUCAGCAAUGAAGAUUAUCAAGUCUAAAUUGCGCAACAAGAUCAACAAUGAGUGGUUCAAUGACUUGAUGAUAUGUUACACCGAGCGAGAGAUAUUCAAGUCAGUUAGUGAUCUUGAUAUUCUUCGAACAUUUGCCGCAAAGAAGACUCGAAGAGAGCAUUUGCCUCAUGGUUUUCUAAACACUUAGCACACUAUUGAGCAAGGUUUGCAAACUGAGAUUCAAGGUUCCUGCUGUUUGUGCGCCGAAACUCACGAGCGACGGAAGCAUGGUUGUGGAAAAGUUUGAUUCAAGAAAUUGAGAACCACAUGAAUCACCGAAGAACCCCAUGAACCCACAUCUUCCUUCUCUAGAUUUUUAGACAGAUUCCCUCUUCCAUGAGUUCUUCAAUAGUUCAUGAAGACAUAGGCCUUCUUCCAUAGAUUUUAAGAUUAGGUUAGGUUUUGUUUUAGAUUAAUUUAGGUUUUAUUUUUAAUGUAAUGAGAUGGAAUUAAAAAUAAAUGAAUAAAAAUUACUUGUAUUUAAAAAAAAAAGAUAAAAGCCACAUGGAAAACUGAAAAAAAAAAGACACAUAAGCAGGAAGCACACUUAGUCCUUAAUUAGAUUAAAAAAAUAUUUUAGGGACCUAAUUUAAUGCGAAAAUCUUACAAGAAUCAGGGUAGAUUCUCUUUACAA